GCCAACUUUCCAUAUUUCUCAGUCACCGGACGCGUCAAAAUCAUGCAAAAAAAUCACCAUUUCUCGAAAAUCAAGGACAGAGACGAGGGUAAACCAGUCAUUUUCUCCACACUCAUCAACUGCCACAAACUGAUAAAUAUGGUGUGACUUUCAGCAUCCUUUUCACUCCAUUCCUUCUAACACACACUACUCAAAAUUUGGCGGGAAAAUUGGAAUAGUUUGCUCUGAAUUGAAAACAAUCCAUGGCGGACGCAGCUAGUUUCUGGACACAAACUGAUGCUCUCUGUAGAAAGAAUUUAACCUAUCAGAAACGACGAGGCUGGGAGAAUUGUCGUUUAAUAUUGUUCCCGAUUAUAUUAUGUUUGAUGAUAGUUGGUAUACAAAUUGCAGUAGAUAAAGCUCUGAAUAAUAAUACCAGUAGUAGUGAUGAGAAAAACAAGGACUGUGAUUGUGUUUGUCUUACUUAUGGACCAAACGGAUGUGCAAAGAAAGUGUGCGGCUUACGCUACUCGAAUAUCGAUUCAUCAAAUGAUUGUCCUAACCCUAGUCCUCAACCAUGGCCUCCUCUGUUGCAUAUUAUACAUAAGCAUGAUCGUGGCGAUGGGUCGGGUUUCGUUAAUGUUGAAAACGGUUUGUCUGAUGAUAGAUUAUGCUCGGAUACCGGUUCAUGUACUGUGAAUGCACUAAUUACUGGAUAUAAUCAGUCUUUUGGUGAAAAUUUGGGAAGGAAUAUGUUUCCGAGUGAUUUUGCUUUUAAUUCUUCCAAUGUGUUGGAUAGUUUAGCCAACAUUGUGCUGGCUACAGAUAGUGCCAUGGAUCAACCAAAUAUGUUUCUUGAUAAUGGUUUCGAAAAUGAUCUAUAUUACGUUGAAAAUGACUGCAAAUUCAACUCAACAUUGUCCUUUUCCCUUCCUGAUCAGAAGGGUAUUCAAAGAGAGGCAAAAUGUGUCAGAGGUCUAAAUCUGUGGCGUAAUAGUUCGUCUGAGAUAAAUGAAGAGAUAUACAGAGGACACAAAUAUGGAAUGAGCAAUGAGAUCCUUGCAGCAUAUGAUUUCUUGAACUCGAAUGGGAAUAACUUUAAUAUGAGUAUUUGGUACAAUCCAAAUUACUUGCUGCGGACCGCCCGCUCAGUAAAUUUGGUAUCGAAUGCGUACCUAAAAUAUGUUCAUGGGUUUGGCACAAAAAUGCUAUUUGAGUUUGUCAAAGAAAUGCCUAAAGUUGCCACCAAGAGCUAUCUGGAUGUGUCAUCUAUUCUCGGUGUGCUCUUCUAUACAUGGAUCAUUCUGCGGCUAUUUCUUGUGGUCUUUAUAUCCCUGGUUUAUGAGAAACAGCAAAAUGUGAGGACUAUGAUGAAAAUGCAUGGGCUUGGUGACGGGCCUUAUUGGAUGAUUUCUUAUGCAUAUUUCCUUGUCAUAUCAUUGCUAUACAUGUUAGCUUUUCUUAUUUUUGGCUCAUCUAUAGGGUUGAAAAUAUUCCUGAUGAAUGAUUACAGCGUCCAAUUUGUGUUUUAUUUUCUCUAUCUAAAUCUACAAAUUUCAAUGGGCUUUCUGCUUGCUCCAUUGUUUUCUUAUGUGAAGACUGCUACAGUUAUAGGCUACUUGUUGGUUUAUGGAAGUGGGCUAUUAGCAUCAUUUCUUUUCCAGACUUUGCUUCAAGUUGCAUCUUUCCCAAGAAGCUUUCUGAUCCUAUUGGAGUUAUUUCCUGGUUUCUCCCUAUAUCGUGGGUUGUACGAUUUAUCAGAAUAUGCUUCACGGGCUAUUGCAUUAGGGGUUCCUGGGAUGCAGUGGGGAAAUUUAAGUGAUAAAGAGAAUGGCAUGCGUGACGUAUUAAUUAUUAUGCUUGUUGAGUGGUUGGUGAUGCUUUUUGCUGGAUUUUAUUUUGAUCAAGUUUUUUCAUUUGGAAAAAGUCCUUUUUUUUGCCUGCAAAACUCUGGGAAGAGGCGUUUGCCAUCUCUGAAGAAUUCUAAUUUGCAAGGUGAGGGAUCCAAAGUUGUUAUUGAUAUGGAUAAAUCUGACAUCAUCCAGGAGAGGGCGAAGGUUGAACAAUUACUUCUGGAGCGGAGCAACAAUCAUACGGUUGUUUGUGAUAACCUUAAAAAGAUUUAUCCAGGAAGGGAUGGAAACCAAGAUAAAAUGGCAGUGAGAGGGCUAUCUCUUGCUUUGCCACCAGGUGAAUGUUUUGGUAUGCUUGGCCCAAAUGGCGCAGGGAAGACAACUUUCAUCAGCAUGAUGGUUGGGCUCACGAAACAAACUUCUGGAACAGCGUUCAUUCAGGGCUUGGACUUGCGAACUCAAAUGGAUAGGAUUUAUACCAGAAUUGGUGUAUGCCCGCAGCAUGACCUGCUCUGGGAAACUUUAACUGGAAGGGAGCAUUUGCUAUUUUAUGGCAGACUUAAGAACCUUAAAGGUUCUACUUUGAAAAAAGCUGUGGAAGAAUCUCUAAAGAGCGUCAAACUAUUUGAUGACGUAAUUGCUGAUAAACAAGCUGGGAAAUAUAGCGGAGGUAUGAAGAGGAGGCUUAGUGUUGCCAUAUCACUCAUUGGAGAUCCCAAAGUUGUGUAUUUGGAUGAACCAAGCGCUGGACUGGAUCCAGCUGCCAGAAGAAACUUAUGGAAUGUCGUGAAACAUGCAAAGCAAGGACGGGCAAUUAUUCUUACCACACAUUCAAUGGAAGAGGCAGAAGCUCUAUGUGAUCGAUUGGGAGUUUUUGUUGAUGGAAGUUUUAAAUGCAUAGGAAACGCGAAAGAGCUGAAGGCUAGAUAUGGAGGAUCUUAUUUGUUCACAAUGACAACAUCUUCUGAUUGCGAGCCACAUGUGAUGAACUUGGUGCAAGAACUCUUCCCUCAUGCUGAAAGAACAUAUCACAUUUCUGGAACUCAAAAGUUCGAGAUUCCGAAACAUGAGGUGAGGAUUGCUGAUGUAUUCUAUGCAGUUGAGGUUGCAAAAACCAGAUUCCCAAUAUUUGCUUGGGGUUUAUCUGACACCACUUUAGAGGAUGUCUUCAUCAAGGUGGCAAAUGAUGCUUAGACAUUGAUCGUAUGAUAUAUAGUCGAUCGGAUAGCGUAUAGUCAAAUAAACAAAUGUAAUGUUCAGCUAUCUCAAUUUUUAGGAAGAAUAUGGCAUUGCCAAAAUAAAGAGUAUAGGAAUUUA